AUGUCAUUAAAGAAUUUUAAAAUAUUAUCAAAAUUAGGUAUUUUUAUUAAGAUAUCAAAGGUGAUGGAUCUUUUUCUAAUGUAUAUAAAGUAAGGAGAUUAGAAGACAAUCUUGAAUAUGCUUUAAAAAAAGUAAAUUUAACUAACUUAUCUGAAAAAGAAAAGUAAAAUGCUUUAAAUGAAGUCAGGAUUCUAGCUUCAAUAUAACAUUAAAACAUUAUUAUGUAUAAAGAAGCUUUUAUUGAUUAAGUCAGUAAUUCAUUAUGGUAAAAUUAAUGUAUAAUAUUAUAGUAUUGUAAUGGAACUUGCCAGCGAUGGUGAUUUAUAUUAGAGAAUAUAGAAAUGCAUAAAAGCAGGUAGUUUCUUUUAAGAAAAUGAAAUCUUAAGAUACGCUUUUUAGAUUUUAAGUGCGCUUAAUAUACUACAUGAAAUGAAAGUUAUGCAUCGAGAUAUAAAAAGUGCAAACAUUUUUUUGAUAAAUAAUGAAGUAAAAUUGGGAGACUUAAAUGUGUCAAAGGUAGCAAAGUAAGGUUUACUUUACACAUAAACUGGUACACCAUAUUAUGCAAGUCCAGAAGUAUGGAAAGAUCAUCCUUAUGAUUGCAAAUCAGAUAUAUGGUCUUUAGGCUGUGUAUUAUAUGAAAUGGCAGCACUCAAAUUACCUUUUCAAGCUGAAGACAUGGAUAGUCUUUAUAAAAAAGUUAUUAAAGGUAUUUAUUUAUAUAUAUAAUUUAGGAUAUUAUUAAAAACUGCCAACAUCUUAUUCAUAUGAUUUAUAAAAUUUAAUUAGAAUGAUGUUGCAAAUUUCAACAUCUUUAAGACCAAAUGCUUAAUAAUUACUUGAGUUACCAUGUUUCUAAAAAUUUUAAUUUAAUACUAAUCCAAAUUCGGCAUAAUUGAUAAAAACAAUCUUAUUUCCAAAAAAUAAAAGCUAUUAAAAUAUCUUUCCAAAACCUACAUAUAAAUAUAAACAUGAUCAAUAGACUUAAAAUGAAUAAGAUUCCUCUUCUCGUAAACGAUUAGCUACUCUAGGAGGAAAUGAUUCUAUGCAUUCUAAUCCAACCAGACUCUCAUAAUAUGAAAAAAGCAGUAAAAAUAUAUAAAAAUUUAUCUAGACUUACAACAGAAGAUUCAAAUUAAUAAUAAUUUCAAUAAACUUGAUUUAGAGAAUCUUAUGUAGAAUCAUAAUUCAUUAAAUAAAAUACUAUCAGAAGGAUCAUUACCACGUAGUAAAUAAAACAAACUUACUGUAAAUAGUAUUUUACAAGAAAAAAUUAGAAAAAAAAUUUAUAUGCCUGUUUUAUUAUAAAAUAUGUCACCAAUCCCUCACAUAAAAAACUCUAGAUAAAUUAACGAAACUACAAUACUGCCUUAAAUCGUAUGA